AAGCGGAACCUCGUGCGUCGAUUAAGCCAGAAAUCUUUGCUUUUGACGGCGACGUAUAUACGUCGUCGAGGAGCGCACUUGGGUACUUUCUUCAAGUCUGGGGGGUUGGCCUUCAAGAUCUGCGACCAGACAAUCUGUUUUCACUAACAAGUGCUGUCGUCCAGAAGUGGCAUAUCCUUUUGUCCUUACGCCUAAUUUGAAGUCUUCUUCACUUGGGAAGGAAGCGAAAACGCAUUCGAAACCGAGAGAUCAACGGGAAUUUGUAUCGGUGCCACGAAUUGCUCGGCUACGAAAGCAUCGCCGGGGACUCGCAGCAUGAGAGAAAAAUUGUUCCUGGCGCUCUGCGCCCUGUGCUACCUCAUCAUCGCCCCCGCCGCCUGCAACCGAGACGAGCCUCCUCCCCCUCCCCCUAGGAAUCAAAGUGAAACUCAGUCCCGGUGCGAAGAUCUGGGAGGUCACUGUGUCAAUUUCUCAGGGAAUUCCUCAGCUUGUGCGAAGCCUGAACAGUUGUUACACGAUGAAGUAUGUCCAGAAGGAAAACAAUGCUGCAUAAACACUAGAAUGAGACGUACAGUAUGCACCAUAACAAGUGCAUGUUCCCAAAAGAAUGGAUAUUGUGCAAAGAGCCAGUGCAACAGCAAUGAAGAACAGCAAAUUCCAGGGGGAUGCAACGGAUCUGGGUGUAAAUGCUGUGUCCCUACAACAGGUACAGUAUGCACCAUAACAAGUGCAUGUUCCCAGAUGAAUGGAUAUUGUGCCAAGAGCCAAUGCAACAGUAAUGAAGAACAGCAAAUUCCAGGGGGAUGCAACGGAUCUGGGUGUAAAUGCUGUGUCCCUACAACAGGUACAGUAUGCACCAUAACAAGUGCAUGUUCCCAGAUGAAUGGAUAUUGUGCCAAGAGCCAGUGCAACAGCAAUGAAGAACAGCAAAUUCCAGGGGGAUGCAACGGAUCUGGGUGUAAAUGCUGUGUCCCUACAACAGGUACAGUAUGCACCAUAACAAGUGCAUGUUCCCAGAUGAAUGGAUAUUGUGCCAAGAGCCAAUGCAACAGUAAUGAAGAACAGCAAAUUCCAGGGGGAUGCAACGGAUCUGGGUGUAAAUGCUGUGUCCCUACAACAGGUACAGUAUGCACCAUAACAAGUGCAUGUUCCCAGAUGAAUGGAUAUUGUGCAAAGAGCCAGUGCAACAGCAAUGAAGAACAGCAAAUUCCAGGGGGAUGUGACGGACCUGGGUGUAAAUGCUGUGUCCCUACAACUGGUACAGUAUGCACCAUAACAAGUGCAUGUUCCCAGAUGAAUGGAUAUUGUGCAAAGAGCCAGUGCAACAGCAAUGAAGAACAGCAAAUUCCAGGGGGAUGUGACGGACCUGGGUGUAAAUGCUGUGUCCCUACAACUGGUACAGUAUGCACCAUAACAAGUGCAUGUUCCCAGAUGAAUGGAUAUUGUGCAAAGAGCCAGUGCAACAGCAAUGAAGAACAGCAAAUUCCAGGGGGAUGCGACGGACCUGGUUGUAAAUGCUGUGUCCCUACAACAGGUACAGUAUGCACCAUAACAAGUGCAUGUUCCCAAAUGAAUGGAUAUUGUGCCAAGAGCCAGUGCAACAGCAAUGAAGAACAGCAAAUUCCAUGGGGAUGCUAUGGACCUGGGUGUAAAUGCUGUGUCCCUACAACAGGUACAGUAUGCACCAUAACAAGUGCAUGUUCCCAGAUGAAUGGAUAUUGUGCAAAGAGCCAGUGCAACAGCAAUGAAGAACAGCAAAUUCCGGGGGGAUGCAACGGAUCUGGGUGUAAAUGCUGUGUCCCUACAACAGGUACAGUAUGCACCAUAACAAGUGCAUGUUCCCAGAUGAAUGGAUAUUGUGCAAAGAGCCAGUGCAACAGCAAUGAAGAACAGCAAAUUCCAGGGGGAUGCGACGGACCUGGUUGUAAAUGCUGUGCCCCUAAAGGAUGCACCAUGACACCUACAUGUGCCCAAAUGAAUGGAUAUUGUUCCAAGAGCCAGUGCAAUAGCAAUUAUGAACAGCAAAUUUCAGGGGGAUGCGAUGGACCUGGGUGUAAAUGCUGUGCCCCUAAAGGUUAG